AUGGAUGCAAAUCACUCCAACCCCUUGGAGCCCCAGUCUUCCCCAGAGGCGACCAGGCCUGGCCUGAACCCUGGCUCAAUCUUGGAGAACAGACCCUGAGGCAGGACCCCCCCAAGCAUGGUGAGUGACAGGUUGCCACCAAAGAUUAGAGCAGUGGUCACCAACAUGGGAACAGGCACCUGUAGGGUGGGUUUUGUGGGGCAGGCCCAGCCCACCUAGACGGUCACCACUAUGGGUUGCCAGUCCCAGAAGCUGACCCCCACAGGGCAGCUGGUACUAGAGAUGUUCAUCAGCGAGGCCACCCACAUGAGCCCGGAGCUGACACUGGUGCAGCACACGUGGAAUGGCAUCACCGGCUGGAACCUAGCAGAGCUCAUCUACCACAUGCUGGAGUGCGACCUUCGUAUGCUCACCCAGGACCAGCCGCUGCUCUUCCCCGACCCGCCCUUCAGCCCCACCACCAAUGGUGAGAAGAUGGUGGAGGUGGCCUUCGAGUCACUCUACUCCGCCACCAUGUACGUGGCUUCCCAUUCAGUGCUGUCCAUCUAACAAGGGCACGUCAGCGGGCUGGUGGUGGACAUGGGCCACGGGGUCACCUACAUGGUACCCGUCUUCCAGGACUUCAACCUGCCCCACGCCGCAGAGCGCCUGGACCUGGUGGGCACCCACUUGACCACCUUCCUGGCGGAGAUGCUGCUGGGCUCUGGCUUGCCGCUGGGGCAGCAGGACCUGGACACGGUGGAGAACAUUAAGCGUCGCUACUGCUACGUGGCUGCCGACUUGCUCAAGGAGCAGGCCCGGCCAGAGCAGGAACACCAGCAGACCCUGAAGCUGCCCGAUGGGUGGACAGUCACGCUGGGCAAGGAGCUGUUCCAGUGCCCGGAGCUGCUGUCCAGCCCCACUGUGAUCCCAGGGCUGUUGCCCAUGAGUGUCCCCACCGUGGCCACACAGAAUCUUCCCAAGGUGGCUCUGGAGGUAAGGGACAUGCACAAGAAAGUGCUGCUCUGCAGGGAGUCCUCGCUUUUCGCAGGGUUCGAGGGUCGCUUCCAUGCCAAGCUGUUGCACAGUCUGCCCCGUGAGGCCCACGUGGUGGUGAAGGCCCAGCCCAGCAGGAACUUCUCGGUGUGGAUCGGGGGCUCCAUCCUGGCCUCAUUGCGUGCCUUCCAGUCCUGCUGGGUCCUGCGGGAGGAGUACGAGGAGCAGGGGCCCCACAUCGUGUACCGCAAAUGCUACUGA